GAAUGAGUACUACAACCCAGAGAUGGCUACAGCAGAACGUCAGCUCAUAUACUCAGAAGGAUCGAGUCCUUCUCGACUUUGAUACCGUCCUCGCCCGUUUUACAACUCUACAUCCAAAGUCAGAUGUGUACACUUAUGAUGAUGGUCGCACCCAGCUUCUACUUUGUCUACAUGGCGUCUUACCAAUAUCCUUUCGCGGCGCUUCAUAUAAUAUCCCCAUCGCUGUAUGGAUCACCAAAGAGUAUCCCCGCCAGCCCCCAAUAGUAUACGUUGUUCCGACUCAGGACAUGCUCGUUAGACCGAGUAAACACGUUGAUGUGAGUGGCCGAUGUAAUGUUGAAUAUAUCCAACACUGGGAAAAAAAGAGCGAGGCAUGUAAUCUAUCAGCUUUACUGGAAGCAUUGCAGCAAGAGUUCUCCCGUGGUCCGCCAGUCUACGCCAAACCAAAAACAAUCUCAGUUUCAAUCACAUCGCCGUCGCCGUCGCCUUUACGGGAAUCUAAUGUCGCAUCACCUCCAUCACCUGUCCACGUUGCCAUAGGCAAUGAUCGACCAGCGCUUCCACCAAAGCCCACUUCAUCAGCACAUUCUCUAUUGUCGCCGAAGCCUGCGAUAGCAGCUCCGAUUGCUUCUCCUCAAUAUUCUUCUACUGCGAAUUUACUCAAUCGGCCACCACCGGCUCUACCCUCUACUCAUUCACCUCAAAUCACAGGCCCUCCCACUUACAGCCGCCCUUCCAACUAUCAGCACACGUUGAGAAACCACACAUCACGAAGCCCCGCUCUGCCACCGGAUCAUGACAGCCGCUGGUCCGUACCACUCGCUGGCCCAGCCAUAUCCGGUCAAUUCAAUCAAUCACGCGCCCCGAACACGCCAUCACCUCCGGUCCCAUCACAGCAUUCACAGGGGCCACCCAACAUGUGGCACAGGCCGACUGCGAACCUUCUGGACGAUGAAACUGCCGAUUCGUCACAUCCUGUGCCGCAGCUUCCCACAGCAGCACCGCCACGCCCACCAAACCCAGAGUUGCUCCGCUUGCACGCCCAAGUACAUGACAAGAUCGCCUUGGAGCUUGCUUCUCUCUCUCAGGUGAUGCUUCUGGAUGCUGAACGUCUGCGAGCGCAGCAAACCGACCUUCUUGCCGGAGAACCCGCAGUCCGGGAUGAGAUGGCGCGGUUAGAAGCCGUUCGAGACGUUUGUAAUAAUGUUUCUAGCAGACUGCGCAAUACUGUUGAUAAAGGGGAGCGCAACAUUGCUGAAUUGCGAAGGAAGGGAGAUCCAGAAGUCGAUGAGUUGAUCUGCUCCACGAGCAUCGUACAUAACCAGCUCAUUAACUUGGUAGCUGAAGAUAAUGCCAUAGAAGAUACCAUCUAUCAUCUCCAUAGGGCUUUGAACACCGGGCGCAUUGAUCUAGAACGUUUUUUGAGGAGUACGCGUGUACUUGCAGAAGAACAGUUCACAAAGAGGGCACUGAUGGAAAAGAUCCAGCAAGGCCUUCCAACGGCAACCUCUAUAGUCUACAGCUAAUUGGAGCAUUAUUUAAUCAGGGUCCUAGAAGUUGAUAAGGAUUGCUCGAUAAUGUACUUGCCUUAUUCGCAUUGUUCGAGACCUUUUUUUGAAUUGAACUUCUGAUCUGAGGUCAGGGUUCACGUUGCCAUGUGCCUGACGAGGUGGCAUGGGCGCAGCGCCUUUGCAGAAGAUCUGACACCGGUACUUGAUUCGAACAAAAACUCCGAUUGGUUGGACGACAGUAUGGCUAAAAAG